AUUCUUGUUUCGGAAGGCAGGAAGAUGGCGGCGCACCUGUCUUACGGACGAGUGAAUCUUAAUAGUUUGAGAGAGGCCGCACGGAAGGAGCUGCGAGAAUUUUUGGACAAAUGCGCUGGUAGCAAGGCAAUUGUAUGGGAUGAGUAUCUGACUGGCCCCUUUGGAUUAAUCGCACAGUAUUCUCUACUGAAGGAACAUGAGGUGGAGAAGAUGUUCACUCUAAAGCCGGGACGUCUCCCGGCAGCCGAUGUUAAGAACAUCAUCUUCUUUGUAAGGCCUAAGCUGGAGUUAAUGGACAUAAUUGCAGAGAAUGUCGCUAGUGAGGACAAACUCCGCACGCCACGUGACUUCCACGUCCUGUUUGUGCCGCGCCGGAGUCUGCUGUGUGAGCAGCGGCUGAAGGAGAAGGGUGUGCUGGGCUCGCUGAUCAAUGUGGAUGAGUACAUCCUGGAUCUCAUCCCUUAUGAUGGGGACCUGCUGUCCAUGGAGUCUGAGAGCGCAUUUCGGGAAUGCUACCUUGAGAAUGACCAGACCAGCCUGUAUCACACGGCCAAGGGACUGAUGACCCUCCAGGCGCUGUAUGGCACCAUCCCACAGAUUUUCGGGAAGGGGGAGUGUGCACGGCAUGUGGCCAACAUGAUGCUUAGGAUGAAGAGGGAGUUUGCAGGCUGCCAGACACAGAUCCUGCCAGUGUUUGACACGCUGCUGCUGUUGGACCGAAAUGUGGACCUGCUCACGCCACUGGCGACGCAGCUCACCUACGAGGGGCUGAUUGACGAGAUCUACAGCAUCAACAACAGCUACGUUAAGCUGCCGCCAGAGAAGUUUGCCCAGAAGAAGCAAGGUGAAGGAGAAAAGGACCUUCCCACGGAACCUAAGAAGCUGCAGCUCAACUCUGCUGAGGAGCUCUAUGCUGAGAUCCGUGACAAGAACUUCAACGCUGUGGGGGCAGCUCUCAGCAAGAAGGCCAAGAUCAUCUCAGCUGCCUUUGAGGAGCGCCACAAUGCCAAGACGGUGGGAGAAAUCAAGCAGUUUGUGUCGCAGCUGCCCCACAUGCAGGCGGCCCGCACCUCCCUGGCCAACCACACAUCCAUCGCAGAGCUCAUCAAGGACAUCACCACUUCCGAAGCCUUUUUCGAUAACUUGACAGUGGAGCAGGAGUUUAUGACUGGAGUGGACACUGACAAGGCCAACACCUACAUAGAGGACUGCAUCGCUCGCAAGGACCCCUUGAUCAAAAUCCUGCGUCUAGUCUGCAUGCAGUCCGUGUGCAACAAUGGCCUCAAGCAGAAAGUUCUGGAUUUUUACAAGAGGGAGAUCCUGCAGACAUAUGGCUUCCAGCACAUUUUAACACUGAAUAACCUGGAGAAAGCUGGCCUCCUGAAACUGCAGACAGCAACAAGGAACAACUACCCCACCAUCAGGAAGACCCUCAAGCUGUGGAUGGAGGACGCCAACGAGCAGAACCCCAACGACAUCUCCUACGUGUACAGCGGCUACGCGCCCCUCAGCGUGCGGCUCACCCAGCUGCUGGCCCGGCCCGGCUGGCGCAGCAUCGAGGAGGUGCUGAAGAUGCUGCCGGGGCCGCACUUCGAAGAGCGCCAACAGCUCCCCUCGGGGCUGCACAAGAAACGCCAGCAGGGGGAGAACAGGAUCACGCUGGUGUUCUUUCUGGGAGGCGUGACGUACGCUGAGAUUGCCGCCCUGCGCUUCCUGUCCCAGAUGGAGGACGGGGGAACAGAGUACGUGAUCGCCACCACCAAGCUCAUCAAUGGCACCAGCUUCAUCAAGUCCCUGAUGGAGCGGCUGGAGGUGCCGUGCUAAUGUGCACCCCCCCCCCCCCCCCCCCCCCACCGGGCUUGCCCAUGAGAGGCGGCUUUGUGCUCUGCGUAUCUGGACUCCUCAACCUCCUUUUUUCCAAGAUCACCUGCUCCCUUCUCAAAGGAUGAUCCUUCCCCAGCUCCAAACAGUCAUCUUACCUGCAGCAAUCGAAACAUUGCUGAGAUUCUGUAGAGUUUGUGGCUUCAUGACCCUAUUCAGUGUUACCAAAGCCCAGCCCUCCUACGCACACUGGAGCUGAGUAUGCCCAUCACACGUGUCCCUGUUAGCAGGUUUCCAGCCGUACCUGUCCCUCUCCAUCUGCUUUCCUGCAGCACUGCCCUUCUCCUUCUCAAAGGCACUAACAGUGUCUUUUACUUAAGACAGCUCCGGAUGAUAAUUCCUUACUGGGACAGUGACAUGUGGCAGUAAUGGCCUCCCAUCCUGUUUCUGCUGGCCAGGUGUGCAUGCCGGUUUAAGGUCAGAGCUUGAACAUCUGAUUCUAUUGAUUAUCUGCCAAAAUGAACUAAUGAAGUUUUCAUGCACAAUUCAAAAACCUGUUGUGUGCAGAAAGGAUAAACUGGGAUUAUUUGACACCAGGACUGGAGGCCACUGCUCCAGAUGGAAAGUGAUUGAGGAGCAUGUGGAGACCAUUGGGGUCUCCUGGGCCGUUCCCAGUGCCACCUGUGUCCCAGAGCCCCGUCCAUUAUAUGUUGUGUUGGGCUUUCACCCUUUCUGUGUUUUGUGACACCUGUGCUGUGCUCAAUGUUUUUUAUGUAAAUAAACUAUCAAAGGGA